GCAGGUGCCUUAUUUCCUCGAGAACAUCCCGUUGCUCGCCGUUUGCAUGCAGUUGGCUUGCUUCAGCCUCGAGUGGAAGGUAGCCAGUUGGCUGUUGUGUGGCUAGAACGGGUACAUCGGGUUAUGCAUGCACACGAAAUUCAAUUGGGCAAUCCGGCUAGCUUGAUCCGUAUCCCAUUACACUCUCCGUUUCUCGAAUGUUUGGCCCGCCAAUCGAAUGCUGGUAGAGCAGACAAACCUCCCACUGGUGCAAAAGAUGAUGUGCGUUCAACAUCCAUUCAG